GAAUGUCAGGAAAACCAAUUUAUAGAUCUACGCGAAGAAUUACUCGACAUGACCUUCACUCACAUGUCCACAUUUUUGCUCGGGAAAAAUCUGUGGCAAGUCCUCUGGUAAGAAGAUCCUGUCACAACUCAUCGGGGAAGUUGCAUCUUUUUCGAGUUCCUUGUGCUGGGUGAAAGCUUUCCAUUCUUGAGGUGGCUGGACGUGGGAGGCGCAGAAGCCACAGUUGUGAAAGUCCAUCGCGAGUUCGACAACUUUCUCUCAGAUGCCAUUCUCCAAGUGCUACUCCUGAGGACCAAGGCUUGAUGCAAACUUCGUUAUCCAUGCAACACACACGAAGGAAAAAACAUAACAGAUUUCGACAUCAAAGCUUUUAUCAAUGAUUUUAUCAGCGCAUACGCCAUACAACGAUGCCCAGAAUCGUGGGAAGAUCCUAACAAAUUUCAACCGGAGAGAUUUGCGAACAAUCCCAUAGACAUGAAAGGCCAAGACUUCAGGAAGCUGAAGUCGGCCUUUCAUGUCUUUCGGAGCCGGUCGAAGGCAGUGUCUAGUCAUGGGGAUUGGUGUGGUGAUAGUGGAGAUGACUCGGGCUGGAAUAAUACCGCCAGAGUAAUCUCUCUUCCUGCAGGAAUGAAACUAGAAGAUGUGGACAUGACUGAGAAAGCUGGAGUUGCAUCUUCGCUGCUCUCUCCGAUUCUAGUUUCAGUGAAACCACGAUUAUCCCCGAGGUUGUGCAGCAUGCAAACUUAAGAACUGAUGGAGGAGAGUCAAGGGAAAUUCGUUUGAGGUACCUUCAUUAUCUUCUGCCUGUGAUGCAUAUCAAUCUCUGGAUGCAUAUUUCAUUUUGCAAAUGGCUUUUCGAUAGUAUGCGUCGGAGUCCUUUUUCUUCGUUCCGAACACUUAGAAUAAACUGGC